AUGGUGAAAGAAGUGGAGAAUAUUACCGAUCCAGAUGAGAAAAAGCAAAAAGAAGAAAUUUUAAACCAACGAAAAUCAAAGGCAAACGAAUUAAAAAUUCAAUUGAAAGAAGUUCAAAAUCGUGUUGAUACAAUCAAUCAAGAAUCACAGUAUAUCAGACUCAAGAUGCCAAAUCUUACGCAUCCUUAUGCACCUAUAGGAUCAAUCUUGAAAGCAAACCUAAUCGGAUUUGGAGGUAACCUGGACCUGAUCCCUGGCCCAAUGAGGAACACAUUGCAACAAUCGGACGUGAUCGGACAAAAGCUUGAAGAUAUUUCAGAGUUAGAACAAGGCCAGCCAAACCCGAAUCGCGAUCACCUUACAAUUGUACAACAAUGUGGUUGGGUAGAUAGUCCAGCAUCUCACACUGUCGCUGGACCCAAUUGGCCAUACUUGCUUGGACCUUUGGCAGCGUUGGAACAUGCAUUGGUGAAUUAUGCGAUGGAUGUAGCCAUUAGGAAUGGCUUUACUCCUGCCGUUGUACCGGAUGUGGUAAGGAGGGAUAUCUUGGGCAGAGCAGGAUUCUCUCCUCGUGAAUCUGAAGCAGGUCAAGUGUACUGGGUUCAACAAGAUGGUGAUUCAAGGCGAGAAAGCAAUAGGGAAGAUGCAAACGAUUGGGAUUUAGCUCUUGCUGGAACGGCAGAAAUUGCUCUUGGAGGUAUGUUUGCUGGAACUGCACAUGAAGGAAGUAAUUUACCUCUUCAAGUUGUUGCUUCUUCUCACGCUUUUCGUGCAGAAGCUGGCGCUCGUGGUCAAGAUUCAAGAGGAUUAUAUCGUGUUCAUCAAUUCACAAAAGUGGAAAUGUUUGUAGUUUGUAAACAAAGCGAAAGUGAACCUUGGCUAGAAAAGUUACGGGAUACACAAGAAGAUAUUAUUCAAGGACUUGGAUUGCCUUAUAGAGUUUUAGAUAUGCCAACGGAAGAAUUAGGUGCAAGUGCUUAUCGUAAAUACGAUAUUGAAGCUUGGAUGCCAGGUCGUGGAAGUUGGGGCGAAGUAUCAUCGGCUUCAAAUUGUACGGAAUAUCAAUCACGAAGAUUACUCAUUCGCUAUCGUCCGGAAAAAUCAGAUCUUUUUGAAUCAUCUGAAGCUGAAGCAGAAAGUGUAUCAGGUAUCCCAGGAUAUGCUUUACCUCAGUCCAAUGAUCAAACCCGUUUGGACGCAGGAGAAGGAUUGCGUUGGGCUCAUACGUUAAAUGCUACCGCUGUUGCCGUACCACGAAUCAUUGUUGCAUUGGUGGAGAAUUAUGGCUUAUCUUCUUCGGGCGACAAGUUACGAUUGCCGGUCACUUUGAAGAAAUAUUGGAUUCUCUCGGAUGUUGACAGUAUCGAAUGGUUCGGACAAGAGGUGGUUGAGGAGAUUGGUACAGGAGCAAAACGCAUUACCGAUAGCAAUGGAAAGGUCAAAAAAGCUUCGCUAUUUAGACGCUCUCUUGAUAGUGUUCGUCAAGCGGCAAAAAGAAGUGGAACAGAUCCUGCCAGUAUGGUAGUAUCCUUUAUGAUCUUGCAUGAAUUGACUGCAAUUCUACCUCUGAUUGCAAUCUUUUACAUUUUAUGCGCUUUGGGAACAGGUGCAUCCGUUAUGCAAUGGCUAUUGGAUGCUUCUGAUAAGCAAUCUGGUCAAGAAUCCGGUAUGAUGACGGGUAUGCGUGCUUCAUUGCGCGAUUAUAUUCAAGAAGGCAUGCAAAGAGCAGAACGAUAUGGACGUAAGAAGGGAUGGUUCGGGUUUGAGAAAGGAAGUCAAGUGCAAGAUGUUGAAGUUGAUGCACAAAUCAAAGCAAGUCCAAACGCAGAAGCGAUUGCAGGAACAUUUGCAAAUGCCGUUGCUGCCUAUGCAAUCACAAAAGCAUUGUUACCCGUUCGACUUGCUGCUUGUGUUGGGUUUGCAGGUCCUUUUGCACGUUGGACAAUUGAGCCUAUCAAGAGAAUUAUUCGUCGUAAUGGCAAAUCCGUUUAA